AAACUUUGUUUUUCUUUUUAGAAAGCAAACGUGUUUAAUUUUUGUAACUUUUAUUUAUAAUGCUACCCAAAACACCAAAGCCCGCCAUCUGGAAGUUCAUCAAGGGAAGUGCGAAGACUUUGUUUGUACUUGAGGCAGUUUGCUUUGCGGCCAGUUACGGUGUUUAUUAUCGCAUGAACACAAACCAAGAGUUCCGCCAGCACAUCCACGAAAACUAUCCAUUUGUGCUUGAUUAUUACUACAAAAUCGGCGAAAUUGUGGGAGAUAGCAAGGUGCGGCAGACGGAUGCAAGUUACUGGAGCGCCCUAAAAAAAAGCGACUAA